UGACUCCCCUGCUCUGUACGGUGGGAGGAGGCUGAAGGGUGUCUUUGAACGUGGUUCACAGAUUUCAUUCAGUGUGACUGCGGCUGCCUACCUGCUGAUCCACUCCUCGACUCCCCCGGCAUCACCAACAGCUGUUAACCAACAACUUUAACCAUGAAGAUCUGGACGUCAGAGCACGUAUUCAACCAUCCUUGGGAGACGGUGACCAAAGCUGCUAUGCAGAAAUAUCCCAACCCCAUGAACCCCAGUGUGAUUGGAGUGGAUGUGUUGGACAGAGGCAUUGACAAACAGGGACGCCUCCACAGUAAAAGACUGCUCAGCACAGAGUGGGGUCUUCCAUCAAUAGUCAAAUCUAUCAUCGGUAACUCACGGACGUACACAUACGUUCAGGAACAUUCAGUUGUGGAUCCCAAAGAGAAGAGUUUUGAACUUCAGUCAACAAAUAUCACUUUCACAAACAUGGUGUCGGUGGAUGAAAAGCUAACAUACAAACCGCACCCUGAAGAUAAAGACAAGACAGUACUGACUCAGGAAGCUAUCAUCUCGGUGAAAGGAGUCAGUCUCAGCAGCUAUCUGGAGGGAGUUAUGGCGAGCACUAUCUCUGCUAACGCUGGAAAGGGCCGUGAAGCUAUGGAGUGGGUGAUCCGGCGACUGAAUGAAGAAAUCGAGGAGCUUGCGGCCACAGCACGCACGACCAUACGCACCCCCAUGGCUGCUGCUGCAGUCACAGAGAAAUGACACCUGCCUCUCUUUUCCAACAGAGCCUGAGAGAAACUGCAUGCCAGUACAUCCAGCAUCCUUUGUGAUGCUGCUGUGGUGCUCUGGAGAGUUUGUAUUAUUGAGGAUAAAUCAUUCAUCUCAUACUUUACUAUCUACAUUAGAUAUUUUUCAACGACAGACUGUAACAUAAAAGGAUUCUGGGGGAGUGUUCUCAGUUGAUGCUGCCCAGCAGGACAGCAGCGAUAAAGAGACUUUGGGGGAAGAAACUUAAGUAGCAAGCUCAGGGUCAAGUUUUAACACCACUGUUAACGGUGUGUUUGGAAACAUGUAGCAUUGCCAAAAAGGCAGCAGAGGCACUGGGUGAACUGAAAACAAAACAAUGUGCCAAAGCAGACACGCCCCUUUCUGUCUCGCCUCUCAAGCACCUUUGCCAGCCGUGUUCUCAUGGGAACACCUCUAAGUCUCAUCUGGCUUUAAAUCUGUGCUGACAACAACAGCAGAGUUAUAAGGGGAACAGGUGUGGCGAGAGGAACACUCCUUUUGUAACAACAACAAUGCUUUGUUGAGACAGGGGUCAGGCGUGUGAAGGGCACAUGGAAGCGGUGUCGGGUGACAGAGAGUAUAAGCUUGGGUUAGCACAGCCAAUGACACUGACAAGUUAAUGAAAUGUUUCACUGUAACUUUAGAGAGCCGUCUCCUCAGCAGAGUUCUCCUGUGGGACCUCAGUAAUAACAAGACACUCUGUACCAGGUGAAGUGUGGAAGCCUGAAUGUACACUGUAUUUUGUAAUAAUGUGAUAAUAAUAAUGCUUUUGAGGUAUUUAAGUGAAACGAAGGGAUCAAGGUAUGUAACAUGUUUGUUGCUGAAGCAGAUCAUCUCAAAUGCUGUUACCUUGAACCAAUCCUAAGUGUUGACACUGAACCAGCUAAAACUGUCAGUUAGAAACUGUACCUGAACAUGUUCGCUAAACUCAAACAGUUUUAUCAAAACACACAAGACUACAGAUCCUCAGUUCUAACAAAGACCUCUCAGCCUCUCUGUGAAAAGGCUGACUUUUUUUAUUUGCACUUACAGAUUUUUAAACUAACGAAAAAAAAGCUGCUACACUGGCUGAGGUUGCCAAUAUGAAUAUUUUGAUAAUACUGUUUGAGUGUUUAAAACGUGGUUACAAUGAGCAUUUGAGAAGGUCUGUCUUCAUGUGACAGUCGACAGUGUGGUGACGGUGAAAGUUUAGUUUCUUUAAUUUAUUUUUUUACGUGUACCAGCAAUAUUUAUUCAGAGAAACUGUUUGUUUUGAAAUGUCAAGCUAUGACUUCGGUUGACCAACUUAGAAAUGUGAUGCUUAGUUGAUAAAUGUGAUUUUGUGAAUUUUGUGCCUAUGUUAAAAAAAGUCUCACUAACUGCAGAAUGUGAUAAUAAAGUUGUGUAUUUUAAACUA